AUGUCUCUGGGAAGAGGCAGUGCAAUGGGUACUGCAGCCGCGGUGCUGGGGCUGGGGCUGUUGUUUUUGAUGUUGAGCUGUGAGGUGGCUCAGGCAGCCACCUACACCGUUGGAGAUGCCGGUGGCUGGGCCUUUAACAUGGUUGGCUGGCCCAAUGGCAAGUCCUUUAAGGCCGGUGACACACUUGUGUUCAACUACGACCCAAAGGCCCACAAUGUGGUAGCUGUGGACAAGGCUGGUUACGACAGCUGCAAUGCCCCACCAGGAUCUAAGGUAUACUCAUCCGGCCAGGAUCAGAUAAUGCUUAAGAAGGGGCAGAAUUUCUUCAUCUGCAGUUUUCCCGGCCAUUGUCAGGCAGCAAUGAAGAUUGCUGUGGCUGCAGCCUAACAUUUUGCAGCAUUCAUGUGAUGUCAAUCAAGAAGACUCAUGGCCCCCCCAAAGAGGAACAUAUAUCAUGUAAUAAGUACCUAUUAGAUGUAAGUUGGUUUUUGAGUAAAAGCCAUAUAACCCUUUAUAUGAAAAACCCUAGUUAUCAGGAGCCUUUAUUGUAGCAUGGUCUUUCAAUGGGGUCUGUUACUGUCCUUGACCAAUAUAAUUGAAAGUUUUGGUUGGAUUGAUUAUGUUUACUAGUGGUAACGGAUUGUG